AUGGCAGACAGAGGCGGUGCUGCUCCAGGCGGAGUUCGCGGUGGUUUCGGUUCGCGCGGCGACCGUGGCGGUGGAGACCGUGGACGCGGUGGACGUGGUCGUGGACGUCCGCGCCGUGGUGGUGCGAAGAGCGACGAGAAGGAGUGGCAGCCAGUCACCAAGCUCGGUCGUCUCGUGAAGGCCGGCAAGAUCAAGAGCAUGGAGGAGAUCUACCUCCACUCCCUGCCAAUCAAGGAGUACCAGAUCGUCGACUUCUUCCUGCCAAAGCUCAAGGACGAGGUCAUGAAGAUCAAGCCUGUCCAGAAGCAGACCCGUGCCGGUCAGCGCACCCGUUUCAAGGCCAUCGUGGUCAUUGGUGACGGCGAGGGCCACAUCGGUCUUGGCAUCAAGACCUCCAAGGAAGUCGCAACUGCCAUCCGUGCCGCCAUCAUCAUCGCGAAGCUCUCCGUCGUCCCAAUCCGACGUGGCUACUGGGGUACCAACCUUGGUGAGCCUCACUCCAUUCCAGUCAAGGAGUCCGGCAAGUGUGGUUCCGUCACCGUUCGUCUCAUCCCAGCCCCACGUGGUACUGGUCUGGUCGCCUCGCCAGCUGUCAAGCGUCUGUUGCAGCUCGCUGGUGUCAACGACAUCUACACCGCCUCCUCCGGUUCCACCAAGACCCUCGAGAACACCCUCAAGGCCACCUUCACUGCCAUCACCAACACCUACGGCUUCCUCACUCCUAACCUCUGGAAGGAGACCAAGCUCGUCCGCUCCCCACUGGAGGAGUAUUCUGACGUCCUCCGUGAGGGCAAGCGCUACUAG